UCUCUCUCUAAAAUCAGUAGUGUGUCCUCAGGUGUGGAUGAAAUAAAAGCUACUGUAAUGAAAUACCACAUACUGGGUGGCUUAAACAACAGAAAUGUAUUGUUUCAUCAUACUGGUGGCAAGAAGUCCAAACUGCAGGUGCUGGCCGGGUUGGUUCCUUCUGAGGGCUGUGAGGGAGAAAUCUGCUCCUGGCCUUGGAGAGCCUUGGAGAGCACUGACCUGUGACUGUUUUCAUCUCUGUGUCUCUUCACAAUGUCUUCUCUCCACACGUGUCUUUCCUUGGUCCAAAAUUCCAUCAGUAUAAGGGCCCCAGUCCUACGGGAUUAGGAACCAACCCAAUGACCUCAUUUUAACUUGAUUACCUCUAUAAAAACCCUGUCUCCAUAUAAGGUCACCUGCUUGGAUACUGGGGUUAGAACGCCAACAUAUUAAUUUGGGGGGAGCACAAUUCCACCCGAACACUGGAUGUAAACCCAGAUCCAGUGGCUGCACGCUGUGACACAUUAUGCUUCCAAGCUUCCUGUUGUUACCGAGCUACACCGUUCCAUAGCCUUUCGAUGGGAACAAAUUUUAAGUUCUGGAGCAUGGCACUUGAUUCCCUGAAUCCACUUUUAGAGCGACAGAACAGAAAUACACCCUGUAAAAUUUCUUAAAGUGGGAAGUGUUCCCCCAAAAUGUUUAUCUAAGAGACUGGUUUCCAGCUUACUAGGCAAUUUGGCAUCGAGGACUUUUCUCAUAAACAUUUACAAAUAUUCUGCUCGGUAAUGAAGUUAAUCAGUAAGCCACACAACCUCUGGCCCCUGUCACUCCUUCCCGAGUCUCAUUUUCAGUUGCUGGGAAUAAGGUAAGAAUGGUAAUGCAGUUUCAGGAGUUAGAAAAUCCCGCUCAGAUUAGUCCUUGUCACAGCUGCACACCGUCAGGAUUUGUCAUGGAAAUGAUGGGCAUGAAGCCUGCUAAAGGUGUACUCACAGAGCCAGCAGCGGGCCCCCUGGGACAGAAUCUAGAAGUGGAGUCAUACUCACAAUACAACAAUAUUCAGUUUCCCCAAGUUCAACCACCGAUUUCCUCAUCAUCCUAUUAUUCCAACCUGGGUUUCUACCCCCAGCAGCCUGAAGAAUGGUACUCUCCUGGAAUAUAUGAACUCAAGCCAAUGCCAGCUGAGGCUCUCUACCAGGGAGAGACUGAGAUAGGAGAGAUUCCUGUGACAAAGAAGGCCCGAAUGGGCGCAUCAGCGGGGAGAAUAAAAGGAGAUGAGCUUUGUGUCGUUUGUGGAGACAGAGCAUCUGGAUACCAUUACAAUGCCCUGACCUGUGAGGGGUGCAAAGGUUUCUUCCGGAGAAGCAUCACCAAAAACGCCGUGUACAAGUGUAAAAACGGGGGCAACUGUGUGAUGGACAUGUACAUGCGGAGAAAGUGUCAGGAGUGCCGACUAAGGAAAUGCAAAGAGAUGGGAAUGUUGGCUGAAUGUAUGUAUAGAGGCUUGUUAACUGAAAUUCAGUGUAAAUCUAAACGACUGAGAAAAAACGUGAAGCAGCAUGCAGAUCAGACCAGUAAUGAAGACAGCAAAGGACGUGACUUGCGACAAGUGACCUCAACAACCAAGUCCUGCAGGGAGAAAACUGAACUCACCCCGGAACAACAGACUCUCCUACAUUAUAUUAUGGAUUCAUACAGCAAACAGAGGAUGCCUCAGGAAAUCACAAAUAAAAUUUUAAAAGAAGAAUUCAGUGCAGAAGAAAAUUUUCUCAUUUUAACUGAAAUGGCUACCAGUCAUGUACAGAUUCUUGUAGAAUUCACAAAGAAACUUCCAGGAUUUCAGACGUUGGACCAUGAAGAUCAGAUCGCUCUGCUGAAAGGGUCUGCAGUUGAAGCCAUGUUCCUCCGUUCAGCCGAGAUUUUCAAUAAGAAACUUCCGGCUGGACAUGCUGACUUGCUGGAAGAGAGAAUUCGAAAGAGUGGUAUCUCUGAUGAGUAUAUAACACCGAUGUUUAGCUUUUAUAAAAGUGUGGCAGAAUUAAAAAUGACUCAAGAAGAGUAUGCUCUGCUUACAGCAAUCGUUAUCCUCUCUCCAGACAGGCAAUACAUAAAGGACAGAGAGGCAGUAGAGAAGCUGCAGGAACCUCUGCUCGAUGUGCUGCAGAAGUUGUGCAAGAUCCACCAGCCGGAAAACCCUCAGCACUUCGCCUGCCUCCUGGGCCGCCUGACUGAGUUGCGGACGUUCAAUCAUCACCACGCGGAGAUGCUGAUGUCGUGGCGGGUCAACGACCACAAGUUCACCCCUCUGCUCUGCGAAAUCUGGGACGUUCAGUGAUGCGCGCCGCAGGGGCGGGGCUGCUUCUCCGUUUUCCGCCUGUUAUCAGUCUGAUGUGUAACUUUGCCUUAUUUCAUUUGUACCUGGUUUCGCACCAGAAUUUUGAUGAGUAUUUAUGCAGUAAUUAUAUAACUUCCACAACUGUAAAUAGGGGGCUAGGUAGUAUUACUUUCUCUACUUUGUAUUUGACACGGCUUCAGGGAAUCUUUUAUUCUAAUUGGCGUGCCCUGUUCGCCUAAUAAAAUUGAUGAUUACUUCAAUUCUUUAUGUUGAAAUAGGGAAAAUCUCAUUUCGUUCUUCAUCUUCCCUCAUUGCAUAUAUUUUAAUAAACAGUUGUGUGUACUUUUGGCAAUAAACUGAACAUAAUGGCAA